AUGGCAGCCUCAAAGAACAAGAAAACCGCGUCUGGCGGCGCUCAAAAUCAUAUCCGAGCCCGCCUAGCAUAUCUACACAGAGCCUCGACUUAUUUAUUGAAAAGAGAAGCCUGUUUGACAACAAGUGAAAGCGAGAACGCCACAUCCGCUCAAAAUACUGCUCAAUCUCAAACACCAUGUCAAACAUCCAAAGAACUAGAACAAACCCAAGAACAGGCUACGCUCCCACCACAGCAAGCUUGCAUUUCUCGGCACUACGUCAGCCAAAUGCGCGGUAUAUCGCUCAAAGCACAGCAACGCCUGUCUAUUGAAACCAAGCGGACCUUUUGCAAGCGAUGCGACCUUCUUCUCGUUCCAGGCGUGACGUCUACCGAAGAGAUUCUUAAUGCGAGCAAAGGCCGCAAAAAGCCGUGGGCGGACGUUUUGGUGAUCCGCUGCUCUGCCUGUGAGACCGAGAAGCGCAUUCCUCAGAACAAAAUGCGGAGCAAGAAGCUCAAAGAUCGCCAGCAAGAGAAGAAGAAUAAGGAAACUCAGGAUCAAGCUGGAGUUUCUUGA